AUGAUCCUACUGGCCCACGGGGCGCAAAAGGACGGAGCGCUUGCGAUCUAUGUCGACACCGAAAGAUCCGCUGUGAUAGAAACCAACCAGCCUGUGAGAAUUGUCAUCUUGCAGGACUACCAUGUACAUUCUCUCAACCUGUAUCCCAGCAUCGGAAAAGUACCCGACAAGCUUGCCGAGACCAAAGCUCGGGUUCGGGAAUUAGAGGCGACCCUGCUCGGACUUAAAGAAUCCACAAAACAAAGCCACAAAAGGCUAGCUAUCCCUUCUCCGAGUAGAAGCUCUUCCCCGGUGUCGCCUAGACCCCUCUCGGAAGCAUCCUUAUCUUAUUUGCCCGAUACUCGUGAUUUCGAUACCGCGUUGGCAGCUUUCCAAUGGCACAUCUCGUAUUGUGGGCUCGGGAGUGCUCUUUCGACGCAAAGGACAGCUUUUUACUCUCUCAUUCAAGAGCAAACAGGUCGUACAUUCGAUGUGGAUGUCUUUGCUCAAGAGGUCACGCAAUCUUUUAAUUCACAACAGCUCAUGUCGACAAAGAAGGUGAUUGGGAUCAAAUGGCCAGGGUCUGCUCUAGUCCAACGGUGUUUGGAGCAUUUUGAUAGAAAUGGUCUCUAUUCUAUAUUUCCAAUUAUCGAUGUUGAGGCCGUGCAGAUUCUACUCAAUGCAAAUGUCUUAGAACGGCCUCCAAACAUGACUCGUGCUGCGAAUCGGGCUUGUCUGGUUGCUUUUGCGGCAAUGAUCACCCAUAUCCACCGCCAUGAGCCAGCUUUCGCCGGCGCUGACCCGGAUGCUUAUUUGCAAGCAGCGCUAACACUCCUCCCUGAAAUGUUACUGGAGCCCCCUGAUUUAAGAACCUUGGAAGCGGUGACAAUAUUAAUGCUCUAUAUCGCCCCUCUUGGCAGACCUCAGGCAGCAGAACUACUUCUUGGGAUCGCAGUGCAGCUCAUCUAUAACCUCGGGGCAAACAGAAUACAAACCCCCAAUGAGAUACACAGGACGGAUCAGCGUAGUCAACAUCUCCGAGCUUUGUUCUGGCAUUGCUAUGCCGUCGACAAAGAAUUCUCUAUCCGAAAAUCUCAGCCACCCUUGAUAAACGAUGCCGAUUGCGAUUUAGAUCUACCUACGACAUAUGCCCAGGAAACCUCAGAACGCCACUUCUACAUGAAGCCCUUGUCAUCCAAGGAGCUUCUUUUCCCUUCGGACCUCCGCUUUUCUCUGCUCAAGUCCAAGAUCUUCCGGUUACUUUAUUCAAGUGACAGUCAGACACUACCGGAGGCUAGGCGCAUUCAAUAUAUCCGUGAACUAGACCAAGAACUAAGUGACUUGAAGCUGGGUUAUCCCGCCGACUGCCGCCCGGAGGUGUUCGCCACCGAGAGCGCACCGGACUAUCUGUUCCACGAUCUCAGUAUCCGCGGUGUGAAUAUCCAUUUGGAAUAUUACUACUGCCUGGGGAAGAUCCACGGAGCGAGUAGCUCUUCUAAGAUACCUUCUCCGCAGAGCUGGUCGCCUCUCCCAUCUAGUGCAGAGCUGUGCUUUGAAGCUGCAAGGUGUUCGCUGAUCUACAUCUGGCGAGUCCGCCAAUUCGUUAACCAGCAUACAUUCUGGCUUCACGCGCAGUUUCUCCUCACGGCCGUUCUCUCGGUCUUCUGGUAUCUCAUCACGGUUCCAGCUUCAUCUACUUUCACAAGGGAUCUCAAGACCUUGGAGGAUAUCGCUGAGCUCUUGGCUCACCUCGGUAAAUCGACGGAUGACGGGCAGACUUACCCACCGUUUUAUCUAGCGCAGGCUUUUGUUGAGAGGUUGGUCUCGCUGGCGCGGCAUUCGCGGCCUAGGGUUGAGGGCACAUAAUGGGAUUGCUCAAUAAUUUCAGUCAAUUUUCUCUUGAAGGUGGUCAUUUUGUAUACACAAACAAUGCUAGUAUAGUAUACUCUGUGACUCG